AUUUGUCCGCCUCCCUGCUCCUUUCUCGGCUUCUAACGUUUUCCAGUUCUCCUUUCUCCAAGCUCUUCCGUCCUGCACGGAGUGCAGAGAAUAAUCUGGAAUCGAAUUCAUGGAACUUAACUGAGCUGAUGCUCAGAGGUCAAUGAGUAGGAUUGGAAGCGAUAUUGGUUAGGGAUGGAGAUGCUAUGAGAGGCGAGGAGUCUUCCCUUCUCUUCUCCUGAUCUACUCUGCCUUGUUAAUCUGAGGAUUUCUUAGGGCUCAUUGGAUCGAUCGGGGUGAUUUUGAUGGCGAAUAAGCAUGGGGAGUUUAGCCAGAAGGUCGAUUACGUAUUCAAGGUAGUGCUGAUUGGGGACUCGGCGGUGGGGAAAUCGCAGCUGCUGGCGAGGUUCGCGAGGAACGAGUUCACCUUAGAUUCCAAGGCCACCAUCGGAGUGGAGUUCCAAACGCGAACGCUCAACAUUGAUAAUAAGAACAUCAAGGCACAGAUUUGGGAUACUGCCGGGCAGGAGAGAUACCGAGCGGUGACUAGUGCUUACUAUAGAGGAGCUGUUGGAGCAAUGCUUGUUUAUGAUAUGACCAAACGGCAGUCUUUUGAUCAUGUCGCUAGGUGGUUAGAGGAACUGCGAGGUCAUGCUGACAAGAACAUUGUUAUUAUGCUUAUUGGAAAUAAGUCCGAUCUGAGCACUCUUCGCGCUGUCCCUACUGAGGAUGCGAAGGAAUUUGCCCAGCGCGAGAGCCUCUACUUCAUGGAAACUUCUGCUCUUGAAUCUACUAAUGUCGAGUCCGCCUUCCAGACUCUUCUCACGGAGAUUUACCGUAUAAUCGGUAAGAAAGCUCUUGUUGCCAAUGAAGCUGAGUCUAGUGGAAACUCAACCCUUCUAAUGGGAACUAAGAUAGCCAUCACCCCUGAGCAACCGGGUGAUAAAAAGACUGCAUGCUGCACGUCCACUUAGGCAGGUUUCCCCCUUUUUAUGCCAUUUUUUAUUGUUCUUUAUUAUGCUAUAUUUAUUCAAAAUUUAUUAUAUAACUUAGUGAAGGUAUGGAGGAUUCUAAAGAUCAUUUAGUACUGGAUUUGUACUUGUUUGAUAGCUAACUCUGGGUCAAUAUCUUCUAUGCUCCACACUGUAGGACAGACAAUAAACAGAUCCAGAAAUUUAAUCAUCUUUCAUUGGUAUUAUGUAGUUCUAUUGUUCAGUUGAUCUAUUCCUUUUGGGCAUGAGAUAGUGGGAGGGGCAUUUGUUUGAAUUUUUAUUUU